AUGGUUAGCAUGAAUGCUGCGCUUUGUGAUGUGGUUUACACUAAUUUAGUCUACCAGCAAUUAUGGACGGAGACGGAGAUUAUAAAUUUCGAAGAUGUGCCAAUAGUUUGUGGGAAGCCAUCUCAUAGACUAACCAAUGAUGAUAAUGAUAAUGAUGCCGAUGCUAGCAACAGCGAGGAUAUACCAAGUGACGGAAAAGAGUACGUUUAUCCUAUACUAAUGCAUCAAUAUAAAAAUAGUGGUUUCUCGAUGAAGAGUUUGGACCAUAUAUUUUCCCGGCUUCCGGACAUGAUCAAAAGGUUAACCUUGGGGAUUGUUAAUGAUGAUGGUACAGUUGUAUAUUACUUUAUUUAUAAAGGCUUAAGGAAGCCCAAGAAAAAUUGA